AUGCAUCUAAAAGUCUUAGAACCCUUAAAACGAUUUUCAAAAUGUUCAAAAGAAGAUCCUAUCCUCCUGCUCCUAGACAAUCAUACUUCGCACUGUUCACUCGAUGAUAUUUUGUAUUGCCGCGAUAAUGGGAUCGUUAUGCUUUCGUUCUCACCUCAUACGUCUCAUCGUUUGCAGCCCCUAGACGUUUCGGUGUUCGGACCAUUUAAACGACAGUGCAAGGUAUCGUUUAACAACUAUUUGGUAAACAACCCGGAGGUACCGCAGUGGAUCACAAUGUCAUCUCAGCCGUUUCUUAGAGCGUUCUCUCCAGAAAACAUAAGAAAAGGAUUUUUAUCUACAGGGAUAUCACCCUUCAAUUCUGAUAUUUUCGAAGACAGUGAAUUUUGUGAACCUGCUGGAUUCGAAGAAAAUAAAGAAACAAGGGAGUCUGCUGCUUCCUCAAUAAAUUCAUUACCUUUGAUUGAAUUCUCUAACAUCGAUACAACUGUACCAUUGCCAACAGCAGUUGCCAUUGAAGACGGUUCUACUUCAGCUGCGGCACCACUAAUUUCUGUAAUUGAAAAAACUCAUACCACACCGAAAGCUAUUCGCCCUUUUCCGAAAUUAGGGGAAAAGAAAUCCACAGGUCGUCCGGUUGCAAAGUCCAGAGUUUAUACUGAUACUCCAGAAAAAGACCGUUUAGACGAACGCGCAGCCAAAAAGAUCCUCAAGCUCCAAAUGAGGAUCAUUCCUAAGGUAAAAAAACAUAAGUUCGUCAAACGUGUACUGAAUGAUUCUUCGAGUGAAGACUGCGAUAAGUACAGCCUCCGGGAUUCGGAUACGUCACUAUGA